AUGAGUGUUUUCAAGUUUCAGGCAGACUUUGAUGCGUUGAUCAAAUCUCUCGACUCUCAGCCCGCGACCCAGGAAUCCUUAGAUCGUCUUGUUGAAAAAGCUCUCCAAGACACGAAGGGAAAGGCUUCACUCGAGAACCGGAAGAGCAUCUGGGAGUACCUGCUAAAGAAUGAGAUCCUUAAUUUUGCAUGCAAAGAAGGACAGGCAUUGAAAGCGAAGGAUCUCGUGUACUAUGAUAACUUGCGCCACAGACUUGACCUAGCUUUGACAUUCACCGAGCACGAUGCAUGUGACCAAACCUUCCCUUUCGUUGUCCUUGCGGACGUGCUAGAGACUCAGACAAUCGCGUCUUGUUCACAUGUCUUCUCCUGGCUCGAGUCUCGCUCUCAGAGACUUACCGCGGGGAUGGUUCCUCAGAAAGGGAAGGCGCUAUAUCUUCUACGUACUUUGAACGACCUGCUGCGCCGGCUUUCGAAGAUGGGAUCGAAUACCAUAUUCUGUGGCCGAAUCUUAACGUUUCUGAGCACGGUCUUUCCACUGGGCGAACGAAGUGGUGUUAACCUUCGAGGGGAGUACGGGCCUACAUGGGAGGCUGUAGGGGAACCACAGAAACCGAAAGACCCAGACACAAUGAAGGUCGACGAACCAGCAAGCAAAGCAGAUGACUCGACGGACAAAAUGGAUGUGGAUGAGAAGAAAACACAACCGUCUGACUCAACGGACAAAAAAGAAGAGUUCUACCACACGUUCUGGUCACUGCAGCUGUAUUUCUCAAAGCCCCCGCUAUUCGCGAAUCCCGGUGUCUUCGAUGACUUCAGAGACGGCGUCAAUAAAGUACUGCCUGUGAUCAAGGAGGCGACGGCGAAAGAACGCGCGAUGAUGGGCAGCAGGGCCAGUAAUCAGAGCGCGAACAAGAGGAAACGGGAGUCGGAGCACGUCGAAGAAAUUUCAACUAGCGAUUACUUCUUUGCCAAGUUCCUCACUAGUCCGGAACUACUUGAUCUUGAGAUCGCCGAUACGCAUUUCCGGCGACAAUUCCUAUUCCAGUUACUGAUCCUUCUCAACCAUCUUCUAACGUUUACUAAGACCACCAAGGAGACAUGGUCGACUCCUCGGAACCGGUCACUGCACAUGGACUUUACACUCGGGGCGCCGGAAGCGCAGUGGGUGCAGGAAACGAUCAACAAGGCGUUCGAGGAGCUUCGACAGACUGCGCCGAAUGGACGGGCGUUCGCGGAGACCGUGGCGACUAUUCUGGAGCGGGAGAAGAGCUGGGUCAAGUGGAAAAACGAGCUGUGCCAGCCGUUUGAUAAGGAGCCGUGGUCCGUCGAGGUUGAUGGCCGGCAAGUGGGUCUGGAGGAGGCCACACGGGAGCAAAGACAAAAGCUCAGAGAGGAUCCGAAGGAAUGGGAGUGGGCUCUAGGCUCGGAACCAUUGACUGACAUAUGGGCAAUGGGAUACCGCGAACUGAGUGAUCUAGCCUCGCCUUUCCAACCUGGCGAUGUUAAGGACUUUGUGAAGAAAAUCAAGCAGGAGGAUACGAGGAUAGAAAUGCGGAAGAAAUUCCUGGCUCGGACAGCUGAACGACGGAGUGCAAUGCAAAAGGCUGCAUCGCCAGCCCCUCCGCCAGUAAUUACUGUAACUGAGAAGGAAGACAAGGCAGACGGACCUCCAGGCGCGCCAUCGACUGGUUCUACGCUGCAUCCAUCAUUACCAGCGAAACCUGGGAGCACUCCAGCUGCAACACCCACUACCACUUCCACCGCGCCUGCUCCUGCCGCGCCCACACCCUUGCCGGCCCCCGCCCCCGUUCAACCCUCGGUCCCCGCGCCAGUACAACCGGCACCGGUUAUCGUGGACGAACAGAUAGCCAAAUACGAAGAAAACAAAACUCGUUGGGGAUGGCUCGCUCUCCGCACGGCCCGGGAUCAGCAUCUGCAGCACUUCGGCAAAAUCGGGGCGGGUGAUAUCGAGCUUCUUGCGCAGGAGAUUGAGAAGGAGAAGGAAGAGCGGGAGAAAGCUGCUGUCAAGGAUGAGGAGACGGCCGGCGCGACUGCGGGAACUGGUACGGAAGAAGUAACCGCUGGGAGCCCAAUGGUAGGCACACAGACAACAGAGGAGGCUAAGCCUGCUCCAGAAGCCGUCUCGAAACCUCCACAAGAGCCUGAAACAUCGAAGACAGCGAAAGAUGCUGAAGGCGAUGUGAAGAUGAGUACACAAUGA